GGCUUGACUGAGCAGGAAGAAGGAGUCCAUGAUGAGAACUUUAAAAGACAACAGCAGCGCGGAGGCGGAGGAGGAGGAGGAGGUCGGUCACCUGCCGGUUACCUGCCGGUCACCUGUCGGUCACCUGCCGGUCACCUGCCGCCAGCUCGCUCAUUAAAAUGUGAAUCAGCCGUUUGACUCGUCGAGCCUCGUUCUGGGAUCAACGUCUCCGCGGGGCUAACGUUAGCUUCGAGCUCCGUGAGCCAGCAGAGCCAGCGGGCGGUCUCAGCCUCUGAGUCCGGGCUGUCGGCGCCGAUCUCCGGCCACCGGAGGUGAUGGAAGUUUCCUCUCAGGAUCCGUCUCUCGUGGCCGUGGACCUGUCGAAGGGUUUCUCCGUCCCCCCUCUGACCCGCGGCCACACUGAAGCCAUGGACCUGGCGAAGAAGCCCGAGUGGUACCACAGACGGCCGGCGAGCUGCAGCCCGGAGAUCAGCUCGCCGUUCAGAACCAGAGCCUCGUCCUCCUUCGGCUCUCUGUCGGCGCAGCGGCACCCGGAGCCGGUCGCUCCCGUCCACUGCCGAGACCUGGAGCAGGGCCCGGAGGCGCUGGGCAACUACAUGAACUCGAGUCUAGCGCCGGGUCUGUACCGCGACGGCGUGCACGGCAGCCUGUGGCACCCGGGGUUCUACGGGCCCAACCAGAGCGGCGGCCCGGUUCCCGAGAGCAGCGGCGGGGAGGAGAGCGACAGCGGCUCGGACGUGAUCUUCCUGGUUUCCUCGGCGAAGGAGCCGCUCUUGUGCAGCCCGUUCAUCCAGGACGGCGUGCGGCACAUCGUGGAGCCGCUGUCGCCGGCCGUGUCGUCGCUGGACGAGGCGAGGGGUUGCUAUCACCUACCUCAACCUCUGAGCUCGCCCAGUCCCGACAGCUCGUACUCCGAGGACUCCUCCGACAGCUCCGUGGACAUUCCCGUGCACCACACCAGGCCCGUGGUCCUGCUGUCCGACCUGAGCGCGGUCUACGGAAACCCCGCCGAGUCUCCGGUGGACAUUUCGAGCGACGACAGCGACGUCAUCGAGGUUUCAGUCACGAACGAGAAGAAGAACUUUCCUUGUAAGAAAGGUCUGGCGAGAGAAACUCCGCCUCAGAGCGAGGACGAGAAACCGACCCGAGAGGUUCGGCGCAGCACCAGAAUCCGGAAACCCGUCUCGGAAACGCCUCAGUUCACCUGCAGCCCGUCGCGGCACAGCCUGAGGCGGCGAGCCAAGAACGACGUGGUGGGAAUCUACAACGAAUGCUGCGACUCCGACGACAUGAUGGAGUACGCGGCGAGGCUGUCCAGCUCAGACGAGUCGGUGCCGCAGACACCGGCGGCGCCGAGAGCGAGCAGCCACUCAGAGGAGUCCGGCGUGGACAAGAAGGCGCCGGAGAAAGAGCCGCAGCCUCGCCGCACGGUGCCCCGAGCGAAGAGCGUCAACCGUAAACGGAAGAAGCCCCUCGCCGUUCGGAAAGCUAAAAAGUUAAGACGAACCGAACAGAAGGGCGUCGCGCCGGAGCGAAGGGACAAGUCGGCAAACGCAAAAACUGUGGUGAGGCGGAAGAAGAAGCGGCGCUCGCGGAGCGGAGCGUCCGCUCAGUUUCCUCCCCGAGAGCCGGAGAUCAAACUUAAAUAUGCAAACGUUAAAGAGGAGAAGAAGGACAAGAAAUGUGGAAGUUUCUGCCCGUUUGUUCACGUGGAGAAGAAGAUGUGCACCGUCGUCAACUACCAGGAGGAGGAGGCGGCGGUGAGGAGCAGCCGAGGAGGAGGAGGAGCACAGCAGACCCGGUCUCUGUCGGGGUUCGUUCCCAACUCCUCCUGCUUCCAGCUCGGUCGCUUCAGCUCGGACAGCCAGCGUCAGGACUCGCUGUUGUGCUGCCUGUGCGGCCAGACGGCAAACGCCACGGGGCUCGGGGACCUUCACGGCCCGUACCGCCCCACCAGCCCGCACGUGGACUACCAGAACCAGAACGGCGGCACUGAGCAGAAAGAGGAAGAACAUUUACCCGUCAGUUCCUCCGAGGACGGCGGUUCUCCCCCGAAGGUGCCUCUUCGUCUGGACGAGUGCUGGAUCCACGAGGACUGCGGUAUCUGGUCCGCCGGCGUCUUCCUGGUCCGGGGGAAGCUGUACGGGUUGGAGGAGGCGGCGCGGGUCGCACAGGAAACUAAAUGUUCAGCGUGCCAACAAACCGGUGCAAUAAUGGGAUGUUUCCAGAAGGGCUGUCCCAGGAACUAUCACUACAGAUGUGCCAUUCAGUCAGGCUGUUUCUUAAACGAAGACAACUUCUCCAUCAGAUGUCCAGAGCACAAGAACAGACCGUUCACAGGUGGAAACAGAAAACACAAGAGAUGACGUGAAAUACGUUUGGGAAGCACUGGAGAGCGAUCCUCAGAUCUCCUCAGGGUGCGACAUGAACGGCCUGAUUCCACCGCUGCAGUUUUAUUACGUUAACGAACGCUAACGAGCGAUAACGAACACUUGACGCUCGCGUUUCCUCGAGCGGGAGGCGAAAAACCUUCUGCUGAGAUCUCGUCAUUAAAGACCGAUCAACCAGGGGCCACUCGACAACUUUUAUAAGUCUUUGUUCUGUUUUUAUGUGUGUGUGAGUGUGUGUGUGUGUGUGUGUCUGUCUGUGUGAGUGUGAGUGUGUGUGUUUAUUUAUUCCUCUUAUUAAAGCUCCACCUGGACGUCACAAAUACAGUUUUAUUAUUUAAACAUAGUUAUUAUAGCUUUAUAGAUCCAUUGUAUAGAAUAUAAACUUUAUAUAAGAACUCUUCUUUUUACUACUUUUGUAUUUCUCGUAGUGUUUCAGUCACAUAAACACAUAAUUUAUUUCCCGGCUGCAUGAACAGUUGAUGUUUGCACAUUCAGUUGUUAUUUAUGUCCCUUUUUUCUUUCAACUAAAAUGAUUUAAAUGUAAUAUAAAGCUGCACUAAGCCAGAGUUAAAUGUAAUAAUGUGGCGUUCGCAGCGUUUUACGACCACAAACCGUACGUUUAUAAAGAGAGCGAGACAUCAGCGUUAAAGGGUCGCUGUAACGAGGUUUGGAACAGUCAAAUAAAAACAGUUUAAAGCUUCUUAAAUGUGACGAUUGUCGUUAAAUUUUCUGUUAUAUCACUUUAAAUUGAAUAUUUGAGGUUUAAAACAAAACAAUUUGUCACUUUUGGGGGGUAAUUUACCAAUUUAAAAGCAUAAAAUAAUAUUGUAUCGCUUUGUUAGCUAGGUUCAUUGUUUCAUGUGUGAAUUAUUAAGGUUAAAACCCCCUCUGCUCCACCCUCUCUAACCAAACUCCAUUCAAAAAACGGCGGUUUUAAGGAAGGUUCGUAUUUCUUCACAGUAAAAACUUUACUUACACAAUCUUUAAGACUUUUUUCUGAUUCUCUUCAGUCUACAGAAACAAUCUGCUCACAUCAUUUACUCAGUAACUUCAUUAACGAACCUGUGAUGAAGAGUUUAACACACACACACACGAGGGGGUGUGGUCGUCCGCUCUCAUCUUCAGAAACAGGAAGUAUAACGUUGCCAUGGAUACAGUGAGUUACGCUCUAAUACGAUUAUUUUAACUAAAAAGAAGAAUUGUUGAAGCAGAUUACAUACAUUUUAAGUACCUUUUAAGUUACAGAAACAUUCCUGAUUAAAUACUUUUUAUUUUCACAAAACAAAUAAAAGUUACAAAAUUAAGUCACUUAAAAUUAUUAAAGCUACUUUUUAUCUAACAAAAUUAAGUUUUUCUUCAAAUUCUCGACGAGAUCAGUUUCAACGAGUUAAAUUAACUUCAUAAUUAGAUUUUUCUUUAAAUUCUUUUGUCAAAGACAGACGAACAGACUCACCGAUUUACUGUGAAACUGAACAAAACUUCGGGCUUAUUCCCGUAUUAAACCCCUCUGUCCCGAAUAAUCCACAGAUUAAAUAUAUGAAUUGACCCUUUAUUGCGCCUAGUGCAGCUUUAACCAUCCAUCAUCUCACCGCGCCGACGAACCAUCGACUGUUUAAAAGUAAAGAGUUUGAUUUCAUGACUUUUUAUUAUUUGAGGAAUAAAAAUGUACGUUAUUUAAUAAAAGUCAAUAAAACGGAGUCAGUGUUUGUCUCAGAGAGGCCUGAUGAAUGUUGUUGUUGUUGUUGUUGUUGUGCAGACGUCCCACACAGGAACUGAAUGUUCUCGCUGUGUGUGAGUUCUGGCCGCUCGCCAAACACCUGAAGGGGAUUUUUUGUUUGUGUGAGAGAAGGAUGUUUGUUUCCAGUGCAGUUAAACUUAUUUUAGUGUCGACUGAAACCAGAAGAAACUGAAUCCACACCUGUUUAAAAUCUAAUGAGAUCUUUUUUCUUGAUUUGUUUGUUUCUGCUGUUGUGAAGGUGAGAGAUAUGUUGACACAACAGAGUCUCAAAGUCUCAUAUUAGCUUCUAAUAUAGAUUCAUUGCACAUUUUCAGUCUAACUAUAUUUGAUUAAUAAUAAAAUCUGUGUGCAGUUUAGUUAUUUGUUGAUUCAGGGACAGAAAGAAAUACAGAUAAACAGAGAAAAUUAAACUCGAGCAGGUAAUUAGCUCUCUGACGUUAGUGGUUAUUUAACCUUUAUUUAACCAGAAAGUCCCUUAAGAUUGAAAUCUCCUUUCCAAAGGGAGAGCUGGCACACAGUUAUAAUAUAAAUAUAAAUAAAAACAAUCGACGGGGAAACUCAGCGUGACGUC